UUCAUAGUUGCACGCCUAACGUGAACGAAACCUGCACCCCUUUUCGGAUCACCCGAAGAGCAGUCUAUCCGGGCAGGUGUGUGUCAGUUCAGUUCCCGGCGUUUUUCGGCGUUGUGCGCGGUAUCACAAUCGUUCUUGCGCCGGCAGCGCGGCGCGGGAUACUCGCCGGCGCGAAUACCGCGAAUCAUCUUCCGUCGCAGUCUCGUCGCGCUCGUGCUCCGGUCCGUGUCGUGCGCGGUCUCCCCCCGACGUCCCGCGAUAGCGAGAGUGUAGCAGUGCGGAUAUCUGCGCGGCCCCCGGCGGCCGAAGAGUGCGCUGUGAGUGCGUGCGGGCGGUGGUAGUUUAGCGGCGGAUACUUUUCUUCCUGCGAUGGCGCUCGCGGGCGGCAAGAUCGUCCGCAGGAUCGGCACGAUGUGUCGAAUCGAACUCGUGCAGGGAUUUCAACACGCCACGGCUAAUUCUUCUUAUUUAAAUAACGUUAAGUGCGUGCACAAUAGAUUAGUACUCAGACAAUGUCGGCGUUUUGCCGCCACCGGGCCGGUGUCUAGUCCAAGUGAAAAACAAACUCUAACACAAGUGUGCAAGAAGGAGAAUAUCGCCCAUCGGACGCCCUCGGCGGCGGCGAGCAGUAGUUCCUCAUCUACUUCCUCCGAUUCGGAUUUUGAUGAACAAGGUCGCCUGAAGGCCGGGCGUUGCUUGUUGUUAGCCGGCGAAGGAUGCGAACUCCUGGCGCGUCAGCGAUUACAACCGCUCGAAGAAUGCGUGCGGGAGCCGGGAGCAUGUCCGCUUUCACCGUCGCCACCCUCCGCAGAACGCGUGCUUUUCGUGCAAAAUUUACCUCAUCCUUCAUCAGAUCCAGUGGAUCCAAAUGUUAACUAUGACGUUGAUGCAAAACUAGCUGCUAAUCAUUUAUACAGGGUAAACAGGGUAACCAACUGUGAUUUGGAUCAAAAAGUGACGGUGGAGUAUUGCCGGGGACUGCCUGUGGUGACGGUGCCGUUGCCGUCGCGACGCGAACGCUGCAAGUUCACGCUGAAGCCGAUCACGAACAACGUCGGCGACCUUAUCGCCAUGCUGAAGAACGAGGACAAGGGCAUCGAUCGCGUCGUGGCCACCAGCAUGGAUGAUACGCGGAUAGGCGCCUCCAAUACGAUAGAGAAUCUUUUGGAGGAGGACUUUAAACUCAUCGUCAACGACCACUGCUAUACGGUGCGCACUCCUAAACAGACGCGUAUUACUGGCGAGGAAGCACAAAGAUUGAGUGAUAUUAAAACACUGAUUAGCCAACUCUACGAAGCAUUAAACGUGCAAGAACACAACAUUCACACGGAAAAGACCAUCACGGCGACAAUAGAAUCGCUACGCCAAGAACUGAUGCCUUUGGAAGAAGAGAAAGCUCGCCUUGACAUGAUAGCGCAACGAAAGUCGGAGUGGGUGUCAUGGAUCGGCAUGGGGUUGAUGUCUGUGCAGUUUGGCAUUCUCGCGAGGCUCACGUGGUGGGAAUACUCCUGGGACAUUAUGGAGCCGGUGACCUAUUUUGUUACCUACGGCACCGCCAUGGUGGGAUACGCCUACUUUCUAGUCACUAAACAGGAAUACGUAUUGCAAGACUUUAAAGAUCGACAGCAAUUGUUGACAAUGCACAAAAAGGCGAAGAAGGCCGGCCUGGACCUCGCCAAAUACAACACGCUCAAGGAGCAGAUCAGCCAGCUGGAGCGCGACCUCUACAAGCUGCAGAAUCCGCUCAAACUACACAUGCCCAAAGACAAACUGCUAGCGAAAGUGACGACGCCGACGUCGACCACACCGACCACGACGAAAUAAUCCCGUUGUAAUAAUCCUAUAAUUGUAAAACGUUGUUAUUUAUUCGUAGUUUUUUCCUAAGAUUCGUGAGAUUUGCGUCAUUUUCGCAACGUCUGCAAGUCACACUCCUAUUUCAUUUUAUUAAUUCAUUAUAAUGACGCCGCGCCAUUUUGCGCAUACUGCAUUGCAUCAUGUUAAUGGCGUCAAACUAAGGUUAUGAUACAUUGAGAGUUAGGUUAGGAUAUUUAGCAAAUUUAGAUAGAAAAGAUGCGCGAACGGAUCGCCCAAGAUUCACAACUAGAUGAAAACGAGUGAUAAUGAUAACGAUAAAGAUAAUGAUAGAUAAUGAUUAAACGACGAGACAAGAUUUCACCAAGAAAUCUUGCGAUGACUACAAACCAACCAACCAAAUAAAUACUAAACCACUAUUAAAGGUUAAAUUGAUUCUUGACAAAUAUAUUUAAAUAGGAUACUAGGAGAUACAUAAUUUAUAAAUUAACGCGAGUGCUUGAGUCCAAAUGGCGCUACAAGCAAGUAAAUAUAAAGUAAAAGUAAAAUGGCGCCGGGACAAUGAUUUGACAGUUUUAUCCUUGACUUAUGUUCCUUUUAGUUGUAAUUCUAUUGUCAGCCAUUUUGUAUUAUACUCAUGGAUUGUUUUGAGAGUUUGGAAUUGUCUUAAAUAAAUUACCAAAUGAAAACGUCAGUUUUUUUUUGUUUUAACGUUUUUUACAUGAAAAUAAUCAAUUUUUUUUACUAAAAUCUAGAUAAUUUAUGAUUAAUAGCCAUGGUACUAACAUUUAACCUCUAAAACCAAUCAAUCAUUGUCCCAGAGACCUGAUCGAGCGUUUUCCUUCGGAAAUUCGGAAAUUAAUUUGUCACGGCAAAUUAUGAACGCAAACUACAAGUUAACAAGUCAUUAAUUAUAUUAACAAAACACACUGCUUGCAAAAAAUACAAAUAAAGAGAGUGUUAAAGCAAAAAUAUAUUAAUUUUGAACAUGUUGAUUUUGGUUUUAACCUCAAAAUGUCACUUUCAUAACCAAACGUUUAAUGAAACUAAAUAUUAAAGGACUUUCAAAAGUGUAAUAUCAGUAAAAUCGGCUUUAACGCUUUUAUUCGACAUGAAAAUUUAAUGUUCAUAUAGUUACCUGUCAGAUAAUGUUGAUUAAUUAUUAUUCGGAAUGUUGAAAGUAUUGAAUUCUUAGCUGUGUAGUCUCUUCGAUAUGUAGGCACAAAUCCGUCCUGAUACAUGAACUUAUUAAGCUUAACGAUUCGAACGACACUCACUUUGUAUAGCGGGUGUUUGACGGCUUCAUUAACUAACUUCUCGGCAUUGAAAAUCACAUUGAAAUAUUCGGUAAUUCAACUUAACAAAACGAAAUUUACGCGCGACUCGAGCGAAAUCUAAAUUUUAACCUCAAUCUUCAGCUAGAGUAUUGAAUUUUCAAACUUUUAGAUUUUACAACUCUUCUACACUAAAUAAAUAGCGUAAUUUAUAGGUUAAUUAUUUAUUUAAGUUGAUAUCAUGUUCAUUUAUACUUGUACAAAUGUAAUAAUGAUAGGCAAUCAUCAAACGCGAACUGCAAUUGUACUAGAUUAACAAUCACUUUAAAUUUUAAGAUUUUGACGUAAAUAAUUUUAAUUUUUUAACAUUUCAAACACAAAAGCACAUUAUUUACUGUGAUGAUUUAAAAAUGAAGAUUUUACUCAGGAUAAGUAACAACCAACUAAGUUAUUUGAUUGAUUUUGAUUAAACUGUGCCAAUUUAAUGAUGUUUUACGUUUUUUAUCUUUAACUAUCAGCACAAAGCACAAGAUUAAAUGCUUAAGAUAUAAAAAUACGAUAAACUUCCCUGCAAUCACAAAUCAUUACAUUGCACUCAUCACAAUUCACAAAUCGGUAUAAUUAAUAACUAAAUAAACAUUGAAAAUCGUUGCGGAACUAAUCAUAGAAACUUUGAGCAAUCAUCUUCCAAUUGUAAUCGAUGCUUCUAUUACUAACUAGAUACUGUUACUAUUACUACAUAAUAAUAAUAAUAAUAAUAAUACCAAUGAGACAUUUACAAGUUUACACUCUAAUACUUAAUAAACGAUUAAUUACGAAUUACCAAUUACCAAAUACGAACUAUGAAAUUAACAAAUCAUGAAUCACUCUCUUAAAUGACAACUAAAAUGCUUACAAUGACAAAUUGUAAAUUGCUGAAUUUCUAAUCACAAGUUAAUCGCAUACGCCUAAUUUAAAUGAUGAAAUACGAUUACAUAACUAAACGAAAGAAUUGUAGGAGUAUGAACUAUGAAAUAACGAUGAUACAGUUGCUGAGAUUAUUUUAAGGAAUUAUCACAUUCGUAUGAACGUAGAUAGCGGUUCUAAACGAUGAUUAAAAGUAAAGUAAGAAAAGUUUAUGAAUAUAUAAAUAAUGCUGUUACGGAUUUUUGCAUAUUAUCAACGCGUGUUGUACUAUUAACAAAAAUGUUCGGAUAUCACUAAAAAGAUUCCUAAUUUUAUAUUUAAUGCUAAUUUAUCUUAGAUUUGACAAUGAUUGUUGAUGUUUUUACUAAUUUUGUGAUCGGUUUUAGUGGUUUUUGUAAUUGUUUCAUGAUUUAUUCGAGUAUAAUUAUCAUUGUACAUUAUCAUCCUGUAAAGAACACGCAAACAAAUGAAUAUAUUAAAUUGUAAUGUUUGUACAUAUUUUCGAAAGUCAUGUUUACGAAGUAAUUACAUUUAUUGUAACGAUAAUUAAACCAAUUGUUGCCAAUA